AUGCCUACUUAUCAGACCCGUCAAUGGGCACUCGAAGCUGAUCCACAGCUGUCAAAGGUGCCGUACAUGGUGCAAGUGCCGGUGUUGCUGCCACGGGAUCGCGAGCUUCAGAUCGUGCAAGGGCGCAUCCAGGAACUGUUGAUGGCCCUGAAAAUGGUCGAGCCGCCCGGCAACAUCAUCAGACGCCUCGGGCGUCGUAUGGCCGCUAUGCAGCAGCAUAUCAGCAUUCGUACCCAUAAGAUGAAGGUGCUGGUGAGCGACCUGGAGCAAGAAUGGGUCAACGAGCUGACGGCUGCCGAGCGGCUGGCCCGCAAUUCCCAGCAGACAAAGUCGGGAAUCAAGAAAACGAUCGACCCAGCGAAAGACACCCAGCAGUACGGCUCCAGGCCUGUCGCGCAGCUUCCGGAGCGCGGUACGGCGCACGAAAUCUAUGGGGUCUGCGAAGUCACCGAGAACUACAAGAAGACAAUCUCCUCGCUGCGCGUGGCUGUGGAAGGGCUCGACGAAGUGCUGCGCUUCCCCACAUUCUUCAAUGCCGAGCCGAGCUGCCAGAAGGAAGUGCUCGAAAUGCGUCACUCGAUCCAGGGCUACGUCGACCGCCUUCGCUCCCAGCUGGACAGCGUGCGCGUGGUUGGUACGCCGAUGAUGAGCCCCGUCUCUAAGGGGGUCACCCGCUUUCUUAGCACCGGCCCUACGGUCACCACCGCCCAGGCCGGCAGCAAGUCGACCAAUCUCGAUUCCACCAAGACGGCGAACAGCACCAGCACGAAGACCGGUCAGAGCACUUCCGAGGAAGUAGUUGCUACGGCUGCGAGCCCCGGCAGCGUCGCGACCCCGGGCCCGCCCUCCAACAACAUCACCGCCAAGUCUUCGUUGCCCACCAGCUGCACCAUCUCCAAUAUUACCGACAACAAUCUGAACAACAGCACCGCCAACGAUGCCACCCUCCCCCCUCCGGCAGUCAAGGCUCAGGGCAGCCAGGUCGACAUU